GAUAAAGAUGAGGACGUGGUAGCUGUUCCUGAGAAGGAUAAAGUAACUAGCGCAGAUGAGAUGCUCAAAGCAUUCUGCGUUAAAUUUGUUCGUCUCAACGGGAUUCUUUUUACCCGAACAAGCCUCGAGACAUUCUCAGAUGUUCUUGGUUCCACUAGCAGCAGUCUACGAGAUCUGAUUUGGUCGAGCUUAACGGAAGAUAUGAUUUUUGGUAAAGACACCAGUGACAGCGCACUUUUUAUUGUUAGGCUCGUAACGCUUCUUAUAUUCAGCGUCGAUAACUCGAAGAAAGACAAGGAAGGUCAGUCAUAUGCUAGAAACUCCUUAACAGCAAGUUUUGAGUUACUUGGACACGUAAUGGAGCAGUGUGCGCAUCAUCAUCUCAGGAGAGGUAUCUGAUGUCUCUAAGACGGUCAACGGGAAGCUGGCGACGGUGGUGGCCGAGGAUGGCCACAUCACCGGGGGUUAUUCGUCUUCUCCGGGAGUCUAUGUUGCCGGAAUAUACGGGCCGUUGGUGUUGAACGUUCUUCCAAAAGGGUCAGUUCCGGCGUCUGGGCCCAGCAAGAGAAUCAAUGCACGUCAAGACUUAAUACUAUAUUAGUCUCACCAUCCUCACGACUAAAAGUCAUGUAUGACAAAAGCCGUUUUCAAUUCUUAUAGAUAUUCUUUAUUUUUAAGAAAUGA